UCACCUCUCCAGUGGAUCCAGCCAUGGCAAGACUCAGCGAGGAACAGUAUCGAUCGUUUGGUACUCAGAUCUUGCCUGAGCUGUUUUUGACCAGUUCCUACGAGGCCAAAGAUGCCGCGUGGCUGAAGAAACACCGCAUUACGCACUUGGUCAGUGUGGCCGAGGAGUGUCCUCCCAGUAGUGCUCUGGCGUUGAAAAGUUUGCACAUCCCGUUGAGAGAUUCGCCCCGCACUGAUGUUGCGUCGCACUUUGCGGAAGUCUUCGACUUCAUUGAUGCGGGCCGGAAUUCGGCAUGUUGCGCAGUGCUGGAGUGCCGGAUUUGUCAUCGGCUAUCUCAUGCAGAAGGAGAAGUGCAAUCUCCACCAGGCCUUGUCUCGAGUGAAGUCUGUGCGCAGUUUUGUGGAGAUGAAUAUUGGCUUCCACAAGCAGUUGCUGGACUUGGAGCACAGCUUGUCAUUUUCCGGCCCUUCAGUGCCGCUCAACGCCGAAGCGUGCCAUGAUCUCCUGGAGAUGGAUGUGAUCACUCCAGAUGAAAUAAACAAAUAUUGCGACGACGAUAAAAUAUCGAUCAAAUAAAAUAAA